GUGAUAUAAGUACUCGUUUUAGCGACAGCUAUGUUUGCAGAACAAAUUAAAAACGGCGUCAUAUAUGGAGAUCAAAACUUUUUCGUGCCACCGCAUUUAAAUUUCGGAGCGUUUGUUUUGGAAAAAAUUUUGGAACAUAAGGACAGGGUCGCCCUGAUAAAUGGAGCAACUGAUGAACAGAUAACAUAUCAAGAAAUAGUCCAAAAAACUGUUAAUAUUGCUUCCGCUCUAACUGCCAUUGGUGUCAAAGUUGGUGACGUAGUGGCCAUAGCGAGUGAAAACAGACUCGAAUAUUUUAUUACCUCAACAGCAGUUUACUGUUGCGGUGGAAUCAGCACCUUCUUUAACAACGCUUAUACCAAAAAUGAAUUGAUUCAUGCUGUUAAUAUUUCCGAACCGAAAUACAUAUUUGUGUCUGGUGAAGUUUUCAAAAACCAAUAUGAUACCUUAAAAAGUUUCAACGGUGUUAAAAAGUUUAUUCUAUAUGAUGAUGAUCCGAAAUCCACGAAUUGCCUUCACUACCGAGAUCUGUCUGAACGAUAUGUGGAUAUUGAUUCAUAUAAACCGGUCGAUUUUAAAGGAAAGAAUGGAACAUGUAUGAUUCUUUAUACAUCGGGAACUACCGGAAUGGCUAAAGGAGCUAAAUUGACCAACCUUUGUUUGAUUGCAGCAUGCCAACAACCAUCGUCUGUUACCCGAGAUCUGACUCCACUCUCCGUUGCGCCAUGGUCAAGUACAAUGGGACAGAUCUGUACUAUACAAGAUAUCUAUAAUGGAACAAAAUUAGUUUUUCUGCCAAAAUACAAUGAAAGGUUGUAUAUUAAAACAAUAGAGAAAUAUAAGAUCGGGUUAUUAAUUAUGGCACCUCCACUGGUUGUGAUGUUGUGUAAAUCGACCAUCGUUAAUGAGUACGACAUAAGUUCCGUCGAGGUCCUUUUUGUUGGUGGCGCACCAACAAAUCCAAAAACCAUUCAUCAGGUUAGGACCAGAUUUCCUCAUAUAAAACACCUAUUACAAGCCUAUGGAAUAACAGAAGCCACAGGAGCAGUGUGUAGAGAGAUGGAAAUCAGCGCCAAGGAGGGAAGUGUUGGCCCAGUCGUUCCAGGAAAUAUUAUUAAGGUUGUCGAUCCAGAAACCAACAAAGUGGUAGGAGUCGGUAAACCAGGAGAAGUCCGAAUAAGCGGUCCAGUUGUUUUUGACGGUUACAUAGGAAAGGAUAAAAAAGAGGACUUUGAUGAAGAAGGGUUCUACAAAACGGGCGAUAUCGCCUAUUAUGACAAGGAUGGCUUCUUUUACAUUGUUGAUAGAAUAAAAGAAAUCAUUAAAUAUAAAGCAUGGCAAGUGCCUCCGUCAGAACUUGAAGGACUUCUCCUGCAACAUCCAGCAGUGAAGGAUGCUGGGGUAACAGGCGCACCAGAUUUGUUGGCAGGAGAACUGCCUACGGCAUUCAUAGUAAAACAGCAGGACGUUCGAGUAACUGAACAAGAGAUUAUUUCUUAUAUUACUGAAAAGGUAGCGCCGUGGAAAAGACUGCGGGGUGGCGUUAUAUUUGUUGAUGAGAUACCAAAAACUCCCAGUGGCAAAAUUCUCAGGCGAAAACUGAGAGAGCUUUUGUCAAAGCAAAGACCACAAAAGCUACCUGCCAGCAAAUUGUGAUCUCAGAGGGAACUUUGGCAUAUUGAAUUAUAAAUUAAUAAAUCUCCCCGUCUUUCUGACUUAAAUACAAUACGACUUUAAAAAUAAAAUUGU